UAUAUAAGAACAGGCUGCACCUAAAUGUAUGUUAUUCUGACUGCAGCCAUGAAUCUGACAGCUCCUCUGCUGCUGCUACUUCUCACUGCUUGUACAGCCAGUGGUGCGCAGCUGCCCAAGGCCUUAUGGCAGUUUGCGAAUAUGAUCCAAUGCGCUCAGCCUGGCAUGAACGCUCUACAAUACAACAAUUACGGCUGCUGGUGCGGCCUCGGAGGAACGGGAAGCCCUGUGGAUGAAGUGGACAUGUGCUGUGAAGUUCAUGAUAAAUGCUAUAGAGCAAGCAGAAAGGCUCCUGGAUGCACGGCUAUUGUGGACCUGCCCUAUGUUCUCGUCUAUGAUUUCACCUGUUCAAAUCAACAAGUGACCUGCUCGGCUACCAACAAUAAGUGUCAGGCUGCCGUGUGCGAGUGUGAUCGGGUGGCGGCUCACUGCUUUGCUCAGACUCCAUACAACCCUGAAAACAAAAACCUGGAUCCCAAAGUCCACUGUGUCGACUGAGUUAUCCAAUCCACAAAAACACACAAGGGUUGGAUUUCUAACCUAUUUCUUUUCUAAUUUUAAUUUCUCUGUAAUUUGUACACAAAACCAGAUGUAAAAGAAGUUUGAUUUUGUACAAUAGCAUUAGUUUGAAAUAAAAUAGGCAAGUGAGAUUC